CAGCAAACAGGUGGUUGAUCAAAUUAAAUAGGGGAUUUUUCGCUGUUAGAUAAACAAUGGGAGAUCAGAACAAGAAAUAUUAUUUUGCCGACUUAGAAAAGAUGAGUUCAGAUGAACACAUGAAUGAAGAUGUGCAGGAUAUUGCUUGUCCUCGUUUAGUUUUGGAGUAUAAUAAGCACAUGGGUUAUGUAGAUAAACUAGACAUGUUGAAGUCAAUUUAUGAAUUAGAUCGAAAAUCUAAAAAGUAGUGGCUGCGCAUUUUUUGGUAUUUACUUGACAUAUCCCUAGUGAAUGCAUACAUAAUUUUCAAGAACCGAAAUACUACGACUAAGUCCGGCAAAUGUA